CACUCCGGGAACACAGGACGGCGGUGUUUCCCUGUCUGCACACCGCCUAUGACAUAAUGCUCAUGGGGGGCUCUGCCAUACACACAGCAUCUCUUCCCAGGGAAAUGUGGAUGGUCGUCCUUCCUCCUCCCAUUCUGCUGUGUUUUAGCAUCUGUGGGUAGCUGCACACUUCCCAUGCUGGGAACAUACAGAGGAGCAGGGAAGCACGGAUAGAGGCGGGACGGUCCCCUCAUACUGCCCGCUCCUCACACACCGGCCAGCCACCUCCCUUCCUGCCCCCGGGGCCUCACACUUCGUGGGGUGAAUGAGGUUGAUGUUACUGUGCUGCAGCUGGAGUGAGGAACACAUGGGGGAAGAGGAAGGUAAUGUGUUGCCAGCAUGUGCCAGCUGUGGACAGAGUAUAUACGAUGGACGCUAUUUGCAGGCCUUGGAGUCAGACUGGCAUACUGACUGCUUCAGAUGCAGUGACUGUGGUGUGUCUUUGUCCCAUCGGUACUAUGAAAAGGAUGGAAGACUGUUCUGUAAAAAGCACUACUGGGCACGGUUUGGUGGCAUGUGUCAGGGUUGCUUAGAGCAUAUAACUAAAGGACUAGUAAUGGUAGCGGGAGAGCACAAGUAUCAUCCAGAAUGCUUCUUGUGUUCACGAUGUAGCGCUUUCAUUGGUGAUGGAGAGACAUAUGCUCUAGUGGAAAGGUCCAAAUUGUACUGUGGACCAUGCUACUAUCAAAUCUCAUUGACGCCAGUGAUUGACUCUCCAGUCUCACGAUCACCACACAUUGUGACUCUGGUAUCUCUUCCUGCAUUAGAUGGCAGACGUGGGCUGUCUGUUUCCAUCACUCCAUCCUGUGCUGAGCACUCUCACACUGUGCGAGUCCGUGAGAUAGAACAUGGCUGUCUCAGUCCUGACAUUCAAGGUUCAAUUCAUGUUGGGGACCGAAUACUGGAGAUUAAUGGCACCCCUAUUCGCAGUGUUCCACUUGAUGAGAUUGAUAUCUUAAUACAGGAGACCAGUCGUCUCUUGCAGCUGACUAUUGAGCAUGACCCUCAUGAGAACAGUCCCAUAUCCACUCCAUGUACAGAGCCCGGAGUCAGGCGUCAGAAACAAGUCACGCGCAGCUGCAGUAUAGACAGAUCACCUGGAUCCAGUUGUGUGGGAUCCCCAUCGUGUUCACGGAGAGACAUGUGUCGCUCUGAAUCUGUGCGUGGUGUUUCAGGUGCACAUCGCAUAUUCAGGCCCUCGGACCUCAUUCCUGGAGAGGUCCUUGGAAGGGGCUGCUUUGGUCAAGCAAUUAAAGUUACUCAUCGUCAGACUGGCGAGGUCAUGGUGAUGAAGGAGUUAAUUCGGUUUGAUGAAGAAACUCAACGAGACUUUUUGAAAGAGGUGAAGGUAAUGCGCUGCCUGGAACACCCAAAUGUGCUGAAGUUUAUCGGUGUGCUUUAUAAGGACAAGAGAUUGAACUUCAUCACAGAGUACAUCCCUGGAGGCACCCUGCGAAGAGUGAUAAAGGGCAUGGAUGCUCAGUAUCCCUGGAAUAAAAGGGUCAGCUUUGCCAGAGAUAUAGCUGCUGGAAUGACCUACCUCCAUUCUAUGAAUAUAAUCCAUCGAGACUUGAAUUCUCACAACUGCCUUGUGCGAGAGGAUGGCAGUGUUGUUGUGGCUGAUUUUGGUUUGGCUCGAUUAGUAACAGAUGAAGCUCGGAACUUGCGGAAAGACAAAAGAAAACGAUACACUGUGGUGGGGAAUCCUUAUUGGAUGGCACCAGAAAUGAUAAAUGGGAGAAUCUAUGAUGAGUCAGUGGAUGUUUUCUCCUUUGGAAUUGUACUCUGUGAGAUAAUUGGUCGUGUUAGUGCAGACCCUGACUAUCUCCCACGCUCCAUGGAUUUUGGGUUGAAUGUGUGUGCCUUCUUGGACAGAUUUUGCCCCCCAAAUUGUCCACCUGGCUUCUUUCCUAGUGCAGUACUAUGCUGUGACUUGGACCCUGAGAAAAGGCCCACCUUCUCACAGCUUCAGCUCUGGCUGGACUCAUUGCUCAGGCACUUGACUCUGCAGCUCCCCCUUAGUUCACAUCUUGAGCUGCUCGAGCGAAACUUUUGGGAGACAUAUCAUAGAGGAGAGAGUACCCUGCAUUCUCAUCCUGAAAUCACAGAAUAACACGACUGGCAACGGAAAAGAAACCCAGAUACAAAUACCCAGUGUUGUGUGUGUAUGGGGAACUCAUGUUGCUUACUUUGCAAGGAGAGGGGAUAACAUAUCCCUACAUCUAGGUUAAAUGAAGAGGAUCUUCUGUGUCCAAGCUUACUGGUACUGCUUCUGAGCAAUGAAGGGAAAUCCAAAGAUUAAUUCUUGCAGUUCCAAUGGGUGCCUGAUAAGUUUAAUAAGCUUGUAAUGGUCCUUGGGCUGUCAUUGGUAAAGAUGAACAAGGCUUUUUGUGUGCCACUCACUAAACCAUUUACAAAGCCAGUAUGAGUUUUGUGGUUUUAAAGGCGUCAUUUCAUGACAUCCACCCUGCAUGACGCCCCGUUUGUUCAAACUUCCUCGAAAAAGGAGCAUUCUGCACCUUGUGUAAAUACCUGUAUGUAUAUUUAGACCCUCCUGUACAUAUUGUCCUAAUGUUUGUGACUUGAGCCUGUCAUCCCUGAUCUCUUGUUCAUGUUGCCAAGAAAGGCUUACUGGUUUUUCUCUGUCCAAAGCAUUCUGGGCCUGGGAAUUAUUCCCGGACAGGACCAUUAUGCACAUGGGUAUAAAAACAGUGAAGAAUUUGUAAUGCCAGUUGUCUGUCUUACACAAAAACUAAUUUUAUUUCUUGUUAUUUGUGUACACAUUUAGCACUUAUAGAUUGGUUAGAGGCUUUUAAAACCACCAGCAUAUAAAUGUUUGCAUAUGUUCACUGUUAGCUGAGUUUCUAAAUUGCAACACCUCUAGGGGUCGCCGUAUACCCCAGAAGAAAAAUACAACCUAUCUCUAUUUUAUAUAGCUUGAAAAUGGUAAUUGUCCUGACAUGACAGCAUUGUUAACAAUGGACUAUCUGCCUAAAAGCCAGUAUGUACAGUAUGUUGAAGUUAUGUAAUAGAUGUAUAGCUUGGGGAUGCAUUAGCAAGUACAGUAGCUUAGAUGAAAAUGAAAUGAGGCUACUUAAGGCUUCCUCCAGUGCUCUCUUACAUGCUUGCUGUGUUCUAUAAGUGCACUUCAUGUUCCCCCCCCCCCCCCUCAUGUUACAUACAACAUCCAUGAGUCUUUGUUUUCCUCUGUGCCGCAGUUUGCACAUUUAAAUAGCCCACAGUUUUGCCUUAUAUUAUGUAUGUGGAAAGUAUUUCAUAAGGAACACAUCAAUAUUGAUAUUUUUGAUAAGUUUAGGGUUCUAAAUGCUGAAAUGCCCACACCAUAUAAUGCUGAAUGUAGGUUUGCUGAAUCUAAACAUGGAUUUUGCAGGCCAUGCCUUACCUGUACAUUGGAAGGUAGGCUUUUGUUCUUGUCUAGCUUUCCCUAAACAACUGUUGAUUACUCUAGUUCAUCAGACUCUCACACACAAAAAAUCUGACAUUAAUGGAAAUGGAAAUGGAAAAUUUGACAUGACAAUCGCAGGUUAUAGCCAUUUUAUUUCAGCUCUGGAACAAUCAGAACACAAUCAAUGAAAUGCCAUAUCAAAAUAUGGUAGCAGCACAAGAAAUAGUCCUCAUAAAUAUGUAUGCAAUUAUAACCCACUAGUAGUUGUUUAAAAAAAGAUACAUGUCCAUCAAGUAGUGGGCAUUGAACAUAAAAUCCACCUCCUCAGUUUUACAAUGUAGUUGUCACCCAUACAGGAGGACAAGCAGUUUUUGUUUUGUUUUUAGACUUAUUAAAUUUUUAAGGUACUGAAUACAUAAUCAAUUGCACUUCAAGCUACAGUGUUGUCAGUGGCUGCUAUUAAAUUGAAAACAUGCAUUCAUUACUGUAGGUCAUACUCAAAAACUGUCCGCCUUCAAUGACUGGAAUACUUUGCAAUAAAUCGAAUUUAGAGGUUUGCAGAUUUGCAAAGGUUCCCAUACUCAACUACUCAAACUUUACCUGGACCUAUGCUCCAAUUCAAAUGUGAAGGAAGAUUUUACUUUCGUUAAACAGUUGAACUAAGAUAUGUAAUUACUAUACAAUCUAAAUUGUAUUUUUUUAUAUUAUUUUAAUACAUUUGCAUUACAGUCUGUAAUGGUUAUGAUUUUAAGCUAAUAUGAAGAAUGCAGUACCCUCUUCUGAAAAUAGAGCUGAAGCUACAGCACAGGUAGACUCUGUGUGCUAACAGAGCAACCUAAUGGUUGCGUAGAGAGCCAAUCAAUAGAUCUGCCUGCAUGCAAGUCCUGCCCCCUGGACUGUCUUCUGCCACCAGUACAGUACAGGAAGCUUGAAGCUAAGAAAUUAUUAAUACUCUUCCAUCAAGUUUACUUCAUGUUCAGAGUUUCCCAAAAAUGUGAUAACAAUGUUAUUAGUAGCUCUUUAUCUAAAGCAGAUUAUAAUUUUGGUAAUGCGGUCAUGUAAUUAUUUUUUUUGAAAUUAUGUAACCAUUAUCAAAAAAAUAAACCAUAACCAAACUUAUAAUCAAGUAAAUGAGGUCUCUACCUGCAAUCACUUCAAGUUUAGGUUCACAUCUCCACGUUUUGUGCCGGUGUGUUCAUUUGAAUGGGCUGCUGUACCUGCAGGAAGCACUGGGAAAAGUGCCAGACAGUGCCAUGCAGUUUACCCACCUGCAAACGUUCUGCAUUUUCUGAUCCAUAGGGGUGUCAUUAAGAAUUAAUGGCACCCCUGUGCAUCUGCUAAAGAGCAGCGCAUUUGGGCAGAGGGUGAGGGAACAUGUGCGGUUUACAUGUGGUCCCACACCUGCAUAUGUAUGAAACUAGGCCAAGGAGUACCCCAAUGCAUUUAAUUAGGGGCCCCUCCACAUUCAAGAAAAAAAUAUAACCAGGUUAACAGAAACGUGACACUAUUUUAAUUUUGUUUGAAAGAAUAUGACUGUAUCUGAAGUUUUAUGAGUCCACACCAGUUCUGUUACCGCCAUAGGAAGCCCUUUCCCACCUCCAGACUACACAUCUGAUAGCCAGGCUUUGCCAUGAACUGAAUUCCUUACCAUCAGCAUUGUGUUUUCACAUUUGUUCUUCAUAGGGAUAUAUGAAGCGUUCACUCCAGGAAGUUCUGCUCAUGGCUGAGCUUUUCAAGGCAGUGCUGGUAGUGAAUCAAGAUUUCAUGUCAAUACCUAAUGGAGGAUUAAACCCACUCCAUCCCAAACUAAACAGAGUGGUUGGGGUUUCUGAGAUUUGUAUUCAUUUUAAAUUAGUAAAGUUUCAAGGAUGAAAUGCCAGUAGGGUAGAGGCUUUGGAAGAAUGCUAGGGAGCUGUGGACACACUCCACUAUGAAUAUGAAUAGAAACCAACAAUAAUAUAUGUAAGGAUUUUUUUAUUACAAAAAAAUCUAUUUUAACUACUGCUAUGUUAAAGUGGCCCUUUAUGAAGUUGUUAAUGUAAUUUGGAAUUGAAACCAGCCUGACCUGAUAGUUCCUGGCUGUUCUUCCUUUUUUAGGUUAUUACUAUUUGUUCUAAUAAUGAGCCCUUAAUCUAUUUUACACCCCUGUGUAAAUAUAUUUAAGGAAGAACUCCAGAAAGCAAUGAUUUAUCAAAACUGUCUUCUUAGCAUAAUCUCAACACUGCAGUUUUAGAGAAGCAACCACCUUCUUCUGUGGAAACAAUUUAAUGCUUUCAAACAUGAACUAUGCCUGUGUGACUCCCAUCUUCUCUGCAAGUCACUUUGGCAGCUCUGAGCCAUACAAAAAUUCAUGAAGCCUUGCAUCUCUUUGUUCCCUACAGAUGCAAAACUCUGUUUAAACCACUAGAUGGUGCUAUGCAUAUAGCGCUGAUGGGAAAAUCACAUGCUAGAGAUCCUGGAACUCACAUAAUGCCGUUCCUUCAUAGACAAGCUAUUACUUAUAUCUCAACAACUAAUACUUCCUCUUUGGCUGCCCAAGGAGCUAAUUUGCAUAUCGGGACAGAUCUUGGCAAGUACCAGAAUUUUUUAAUACAAUAUAUUUGCACAAUCUGAAAUUCUUCCUAAGAUGAGCAGUAGGGAUUGAUUGGAUUUAGAUGAACAACAACUGUGCAUAUUUAUUCAACAACUGAAUCAAAAGACAAAGUGCAGCCUCCCAUAAUUCCCCUCAGAGGAUCCACUCAAACUGCAGAGCCAAUUCCAGUGUAGAGACAUAAUGCGUAGUGUAAAUCAAAAAACAAAUGACUGCACACCGUUUCUUAAACCUCUUGGCGCAGAUCGUAUGCAAAUAUGCGGCCUCUCUGUAUGUGGUCCUUAGCACCAAGGGGCCGCAUAUUUGCGUCAAUUGCUGCCAAUACACCUGUGCCAAGAGCGUGCACACUGCGUGCUCCCAGAACAGUUAUUGUCGCCUAACCAAAAGCAAGAAGCUAUCGAGAGUUUUCGGGUCACAUGACAGCCAAUCACAUCGGUUACGUGGUCUUAGGCCCUGCCUCCCGGCAUCAUAACCCUCUUAAGGGCCAGCACUAAGAAGUUAAAAUACAACGUGUCUUCAUUGUAAUUCAACUUCACCAACCAUCUAAAAUUGGCUACAAUGCCCAUAAAAAGUAGAGUAGAGAAAGGCGAGGUACUGUAGGUAGAACAAACGUUUUUUGGACCUGACAGAACAUUUCAAGCUGCCAUUGCACAGUAAAAAUGUUAACUGCCUUCCGCCUGCAUCCUAGAUCUGCACUCUCAUCUCUAAUGCCUUGUACACACGAUCAGUUUUUCCGACAGGAAAACCACAUUUUUUUUAGCAGGAAAAUGGCUGAAA